AAAACCCUAAAGGAUAGAACGCACCGAGACUAAUGUAACGCGCCUUGACUUAAAAUGUUCCCCUUGAUAAUUGUUUUAAGUUACAUAGCCGUUGUAACGGCCGGUCCGGCGACAGAGUCUUUCAAGGACCAAUACUGCACGGAUCCACGAACGAUGAAAAAACACGCGGCGUACACGGAGUGGGCAGACGCGUACUCGUGUUCGCGUCACCGCUGCCAGCCGGGGGGGCGCAACCUAGCUAUUUACACUGUGGGUUGCAAGCGCGUCGAAGCUCCUGAGUCCGCAAUAGAAUGCGAGGAAGUCGUGGAGGACACCAACAUGCAGUUCCCGUACUGCUGCACGAGGCUCAGAUGUCUAGUUGUGGUUCGGGGAGAGGUGUGGACUAGAGUCCUGGGUCAGCCCUGGGAGACCUUGCCGGCUGCGCCCUGGAGCCAUAUGUACAAGAUGAAGAAACCUCCGCCAUCUGAUGAUCAUUUUGGAAAUAAGAACAUCGCGACGGGCCCCGUUUACGAAAUACAGACGGACGUGGAACAGAAGGCACGCGACAAAAUGCUGAGGUCGUCCAAGAAAGCGACGGCCGCGCCCGACUGCGACGCGCCCGCGCCCGCGCCCGACGUCGUGAUCGCGCUUUCUACUGCAAACGAUGAAAAAAAAACGGAAAAAAGUGAUCAGAAAAGGCACAAACGCGUCAAGAAACCGAAACCCAGGUCCGAUGUUAUAGAAGAAAACAGAGACCACAACGAAGUGGACUUCGAAGACACACAAGCUUAUGAUAAGUUACAAGACACAUCAGACGAGAAACUGACUCCUGAUGCCUUUGGAGUUACACAAAAUAUACAAUCCAAGGUGGUGUGGACGGACAUUCCUCAGAGCCAAUGGAACGAGCGCGACCCCGCGGUGGACGUUGAAAGUCAACGAAAUCCCGAUGAGAAGAAAGAAAAGCCAUCCGGCCUGCAGGCACUCGUGGACGCGAUCGGAAACAGAAUGAGAGAUAUUGAAAAUGUCGUCCAGAGGAUGACUGAGAAAGUCCACAAUAAAUUGCCUGAAGCCGAAGUGGCCAGUUCGGAGAAACGUUCUGAGGGAACAGACAGACAUACUCAUAAAGCUGAUAAAGAGAAUGCAAAGGACGACUUUGAGAAAGCGAAAAAACCCAACUCUGACAACGAACACUACAAACGAUUCACAGUAAAAAAUCGAGGCAGCAAAUAUUUACACAGCGCGACUGACGUGACGAGCGAACAGCCGCUCUUUGUCGAAGACACCAACCUGAACGGUUACUUCAGUGACGCCAGCAACAGCGUCGUUAGAAGAGCCGGAGCGUCCAAGGAACCGUUGCCGACGUACAUGGCUCCGGUGGAAAGUCGGCGCAAGUCACACGCGGUCGAUCUCUCCGGUGAGGACAAGAAACAUAAGAAACGCGGGCACAAGAAGAAGCGGAAGAACAGAGGUCACAAGAAACACCACUUUAAAGAAGAUAAAAAGAAGCGCUUCAACAAACUGUCUUCUGCGGAACUGGACAAGAACGUUGUAUCUUUAGAAGACAGCAGCGUUCUUUAAUCUUUGACUACGAGUGUGUAUGUUAAAAGUAAAUGUAACUCUAAUGUAAAUCUAUUCUUGUAAUAAUUAAAGUCAUAACGGGAUAAAGUUGUCAUCCAUCAGACGAAGCAUUCAGCUCAAACACUUGGUCGGGUCGAAAAAAAGUAAAGUAAAAACUGUCAUUUUGUAAGAUCAUAUAAUUUUUUACGUCUAGAAAAUAAAUCUUUAUAGGAAUAUUAACCAGCCGACGAACGAGGAAAUUUACAGUGCAAGAAAGGUAAUAUGCGAUUAUUGAUUAACAAUAAUUAUUAUUAAUAAACUACUUGAAGUAGCAAAUCGUAAGUAUCAUCAGUACAAAAUUACACUAUUUUCAGCUUUGACAUUUUCUUAGGAAUUUUUUUCAAUAAGCAUUUGGUUUUUAUUAUAACUUCGACUACAUAGAGACAAGCAGGAUAUUUAUUUAAUUAUGGAAUAAAUAUGCUAAGCAACGGCAACUUGCAAUGAAAAUAACAUUGUAUUUUUACGUUGUCUCAGAAGUCAGGGCAUCGUAACAUUAUGUAAGGCCGAUUUCUUGGACUAUUGUUGUACCCACUCCUAAAUAUGCUGUAGACUGAAUUUUAAUAUGAAAUAUUACCAAUGAAAUAUUAUUUUAAACAAUACGUAAUAAAAUCAAUAGUUUUGUUUUAAAUGCUGUUAAUAAGAUCUUGAAAUAUAUAUUAUAUUUAUAUAAAACUGAUUAAAUUGCUUUGACGAGUGGUUUUGUGUUUUUCGAUCAUGUUGUUCAUUAAACGCCCAAUCACUCGUUGAAAAUAAUAAUACAUAAGUUAUGUAAUGUGAUUUAAUAUCAUCUUUUGUGUUUGUUAAUUAUCAACUUUUGUUAAUAUUUAUAAAUUUAUAUUACGAAUAUUUAGCUAAAUAGCUGCAUCACAAUAGAUGUUUCAUAUAAGCCAGUGUUUUAUUGUUGAACGUCGAGCGUACGUACGUAAGCGUAUAAGUGUCAAUAUUUAUAAAAUUUGCCUUUUAUUUGCAUAGAAUUUGAUAUAGGGAAAGCCUAAACCUUUACAUGAAAAUGUAUAGAAGCUCCCGAUUUGUGCUACUACCAAACCUCUAAUUCUUCAUUGCGCAAGGCCCAAGAUCCUCCAAAUCUAGUUCUGUACUUGCUAAUUAGUACCUAACCAUAAAAAUAACUUUCUGUUACCGUCCAUUCCGAUAUUUUUGAUGUCGCAGACUUGUUCGCGUUGCCAAGAAUCGAAGAUGUUAUUAAGUUCAGUGGUAUCGUUGCCGAUCUGGUGUUAUCCGAACAUACUGAUUGCGCUUCUGACUGGUUUUGGCCACGGAGGCCAUUCUCGAGGACGACCAGCCAACUACGCAAUCAUAUUAAAAUGCAAACACACACUUGUGCACUCUCCACUCUGAAUCUCAUAAUCCAAUGGGACGGCAAUCUGACACGACCGGAAAGGGUUAAGGCACAAAACCAACGGCUUUAUGUGCCAUCUGAAGUAUGACGAUGUUCCGAAGUCCACUGCUAAUUUCCACUCUUCUGCUACUAGAUUUAAAAAAAAAUCAUAUAGGUUUUUAAUUCAUCCGACGCCGGGCUUGAACCCAGGACCUCUGGGCCUGCGAUCUAAUGGCCACUGAACCAACGAGACAGUCAACCCAAAAACAACAUACAAUUACUUAAGUUAAGCAAAACACGUUUCAGAAAACACUUAUUUUUAUGAUAAUCUUUUUAUUUUUCAAUCUCUAAAUACAUAUAACAGUACUUUCCUUUUUAUCUAUUUAAGUUGUAAGUCAAAUAAAACUCAAUAAUGCAUUCUACUUUUAAUACUAUUUAUUUAAAACACAACAAAUCAAUCAAUACAUUAUAUAUAACCGAAAUGCAAAAUAUAAUACACUGCAAUAUUUUAUUAAUCCUUAAUCAUUUGAACAGCAACGAAAAUUGCAUUUUCGUUUAAAAAACUAAA